AAACAGGAAUAUUCGAUGGGUAGCGGGGGUGUCUUGGCUUUGGUGUCAGGCCUUUGGGCUAGACUUCGAAUACAGAAGAAAGCUUUUGAGUCCAGAUAGAUGAUUAGAUGUUGCCAAAGACCAUUUGUGUGGCCUGUGUUGCUUAGGAUGGCUGGCACUGGAAGUUCUCAGUUGCAGAGCUCUGGAAUGCUAUCAAGAGAGCAGUUGCUUCAACUCUUUGAUCGCUUCUCCUUCAUCACUUCCCGUUCUGAUGCAAAGAAACGGAUUGCGGAGGCUCUCAAUGAUAAACAGGAAGCUGUUGCUGUUACGACUGCAAUCCAGGAAGAAAUUUUUUUGGAGAUGGGGGUUGAUCCAAGAUUUGGUCUUUCAUGCUUGGGGAAAGUUAACAUGGCUUAUGAGAAUGAUAAAGAUUUGAUGGUUCGCUUUUAUAAAUUUGUUGCAGAUGAAGAAAUGGUCUACGAGGAAACUGAGCUUGGAGCAGAAGGAUUUAAGGAGAAUCUGCAUGCUCAACAAAAACUGCGGGAACAGCAAUUGGGGAUGCUAAAUGAGAUGCGGAAAUUUCACCUUGAUGACCAAUCUGCAAUUCUUGAGAAGUUGCACCAACAUAUGGAGAAUGCCAAUUUUGAAGGUGAAGUAUCUGUUUUGUCAUCAGAACAGAUUCAAGAGAUUGUUGGAAGAAGGGUGUCGCCUUUGUUUAGGCCAAGGUAGAUUAGAAACACCUUUUGUUCUAGGCCCCCCUUAGUGCACUGUUUUGGUGUUGUGGCAGAUUUUUGUAAUAUGCAGAAUCUUCUUUUGCUGUGUGUCCCUAACCUAGUUCCUUUUGUACUCUUGAGUUUCAAUUUCUUUGGAAGUGAGGUAAUUGGAAAACAUUUUUCGCUUUUCUUGCCUUUAGUUGGAAUUUUGGUUACUCAGUA